GUAUAAUAUGUAAAAACAUGUUGUAAAAUUGGCCAGAUGGAAACACCGUCUCUACCAAAGUGGCAUAUCGUUCAACAUGGCAAGCCGCAGUAUAUCGGUGAACCUGCCAAGUCUGGCGUUUAACCAGCUGUUAGACACCAACGUUGCCCAGCUGUACAGCGCGGCCACCGCCCUGAAACCUGAUGGAAAUCUGGCGUUGUCCCCUCUGUCCAUUCUGUAUGCGAGCGCGCUGAUGUACAUUGGCUCAUCCGGAUCCACUAAAUCCAAUUUGGACAAGAGCUUCCAUUUCGACCAGUAUUUCAGCAGCAAUGCCGACUCCGUGCUCUCCGCCUUCUCCACAUCCAUGGCCAACUUUACCUCGGUCAAAACUGAUGGUGAUCCCUUCGUUAUCAAUUUGGCUAACGGUAUAUUUUUGCAAAAAGGCGCGCCGUUUGUCAGCAAAUUCAAAGAUGCCGCUGUUUCCAAAUUGAAAUCCGAAGCUCAGUUCAAGGAUUUCCGAACCGGCGCCGAGAAAGCCCGAGGAGAAAUUAACACGUGGGUGUCAGACAAGACAAACGGGCGCAUUAAAGAUCUGUUGCCUGCUGUCUCAGCGGAUACCAUUGCGAUACUGGUCAACGCCCUGUACUUCAAGGGCAGCUGGGAAUCCUGGGCGAAAUUUGAUCCCAAUCUCACCGAAAAGAAGGACUUCACGCUGCUUAACGGACAGAAGACCAAGGUGGACAUGAUGCAGAGUUUUCAAUACUCGCUUGCGUAUGCUGAAGAUUCUGCUUUAGAUGCCAAAUAUAUUGAGUACACCUACACGAAUAACCUCGGCGCCAUGCUUUUCUUGUUACCCAAUAAGAAAAACGGAGUGCGCGCACUGGAAAAAAAACUAACGGCCGGCAUUUUCAAUACUCUGAAGAAAAAAGCUAAAGAAGAGCGAGUGUCCCUGCAGAUCCCCAAGUUCAAAGUGGAAACGAGUUUCGAUCUGAAGAUGCUUUUGCAGAAGAUCGGCGUAAAGGAGGCUUUUGAUCAAAACAGCGCUGAUUUCUCCAACAUGACUCCGCAAAAGCCGGUGUGGAUUGGCACUGCCUCGCACAAAACAUUUGUCGAAAUUGAUGAGCAAGGCACGGAAGCCGCGGCGGCCAGUGCUUUCGAAAUGAUGGCCGGAGCAUCAUUGCAAGAAGAACCACCGAAAGAAUUUAUUGCCGAUCAUCCGUUCAUCUUCGCCAUCCGCCACAAUCCAACCAAUGCCAUACUUUUCCUCGGUCGCGUGGAAACAUUUUAGCGUGCGUUUGAAUAGCCCGCUAAACAAAUUGUUUUUUUCCAAACUUUCUUUAACGCUGGCUUGGGUAGCAAAAAAGCUUGAUCAAAUAUUCAGCCGUUGAAAAGUCCUUAAAAUUAUUCGUAACUCCCUCAGCUGGAUUGCGGCCAUCAGCAAUAAAGAAUCUUAGCGUAGA